AUGACCAUCCCCCACCCAGAUGAAGAAAUUUCAUAUCAUGAAUUGGCACCAAUGACUUUCGAUGACAAUAUCAGACCAUCAAGCGAUUUGCCUUUUCCAGCUACUGAUAUUGGAGAAGAUAGGGAAAAUAUCAAUAUCGAUUCAGAAUAUCUCAGACGUCUAAAUAAACGUGUGUUCUUUGUGGAUCAUCCUCUACCAUUAAUGAAUGCACAUGAUAAAGAAGAUAAUUUGAGAGAUUUCACUAGAUCUUCACCAAUAAUGACAGCAAAGUAUAGUAUGUUUGGUAUUAAAGCUCCUACACAUGAUCAAGUUUUAAAUUUCAGAGGAAAAAUUUCACAGAGUUCUUAUGGGUUUUAUUUUAGAGCUGAUGACGAUAAUGAUAAACUAAAACAGGCUAUUAUAAGGAUUUUAAAAGAGAUCACAGUGAGUGAAGAUUGUGCAGAAGGAAAUAGAUCUGAUGGUUAUAAUUAUUCCGCUGAGAAUAUAAAACCAUUCUUUCCAAGCGAAUACAACAGUUUUGUUGAUAGUCAUGUUUGUUUUAAAUUGAGCCCCAGCAAAUGUUCUCCCACAAAAGUCUUUGAAGUCAUGUUGAAUAUCAUUAAAUUUGGUGGUAUAUUGAAUGAAAUUGAUGUGAAUUUCGCUGUGUUUAGUAACAAUACUCACUCAGUAACAGUUGUGUAUGGUAAGAAUUUCAAGGAGGAAUGGGUUAGUAAUUAUUUGAAAGCAUAUAUAGAAAAGAGACAACAAAUGGAAACACCCAGAAAUUCGAUACACGAUCACAAUGACAUCUAUUUCGUUCCUGGAAGAAUAACAUAUCACUUAAAAAGUCGAGAUGCUCCACCACCAUAUGAAGAAUCAGCAAAGCAGUUGAAUAAUAAAGACAAUAGAAAUGAAGAAUAG